UACAUUACCCAGAGCAAGACACGCUUCUGUCAUAUGCACAUGCGCAGUUGUUUGUUCCACCCUGGACAGUUGUAGGAGAAAAUGGCAGCGCUCAUGCUAGGGCAGCAGGUUCGCCAGUUUAGCACGUCUGUGAUCAGGCCUGCAGCAAAAAUGGUCAAGCCUCCCAUUCAGGUGUAUGGAGUGGAGGGUCGAUAUGCCACUGCCCUGUUCUCAGCUGCCAGUAAGCAGAACAAACUGGACCAAGUGGAGCAGGAACUGGCAAAAUUGUCUACCCUGAUCAAGGAUCCCAAGAUUUCCGGUGUUGUAAUGAAUCCCCAUGUUAAGCGCAGUAUCAAGCAGAAAACAUUCACCGAUGCUCUUGCAAAGGCUAAGGUUUCACCCAUCACUAUCAAUCUCAUUAAUGUUUUGGCAGACAAUGGUCGUCUUACUUUAACUGGUGAAGUCAUCGCUGCCUUUGGCAAAAUGAUGAGUGCUCAUCGUGGAGAAGUCAUCUGCUCUGUCACUACUGCACAGCCUCUGGAUGAAGCUAAUCUUGCUGACCUGAAGGCAGCCCUCAAAGGCUUUCUUCAGAAGGGUGAAACUAUCAAGCUGAACACACAGUCUGAUCCUUCAAUCCUGGGUGGCAUGAUUGUCAGUAUUGGAGACAAGUAUGUUGACAUGUCAACAAAAACAAAGAUUCAGAAGCUGACCAAGCUAAUCAGGGAAACUUAAAUCCUGUGGUUGUCCAUCGGGGGAAAGGCUGAUAAAUGUAUAUUACUACCUGUUCUAACAGUGCAGUUGCUCCUAUUCUGUCUGUGCUUCAGUUCAUAUGAAUAUUAAUAAAUAAAAACUACAAAAAUGGAGAA